CGCUACUGUAUCAAUUUUGUAAAUUUCGUUUUCCGCUCUUCUAGUAUAUUAAUUUUGAAAUAUUGUUUUUAAUUAAAGCUUCAAUCAGUUGCUGAACGUGCAGCUUUACAGCGUCUUGUUUGCAACUUUAUAUGUAACAAGAUGAAUUUAGCCUGAUGUUAUGUUAAUUUAGUCUUUAUGAGCUGCAGAAAUGAAUAAUCCUUUAAAAGACUUCAGGCCUGAAAGUCUGUGCCUUUUAAAAGAGACUCAAGAAGAUUAUUGGUGUUAUGCUAGGAAAGGACCACAUGAUUUUUCAGUCUAUACUGAGAAAUCUUCCAUUUAUGAAACGCCUACCAAAGAAAAGUUCCGAGAAUCAACUGAUGUUUUAGUCAGGUGGACUGAUGGAUUGCUCUAUCUGGCUACAAUUAUUCAGGUUGAAGAUGAAUAUAGUAGAUGUGCUGUCAAGUUUGAAGAUGGUUCUCAGUUUUGGGCAUUAUAUAAAGAUAUAUACAAGGGUCCUUCACCAGAAAAUGAGUUUGCAUGUACUGUCUGCGACAGUAGCUACUCCCAACCUCCUGAUGAAAUAGUCAUUUGUGACAAAUGUUCAGUAGGUUACCAUCAACUCUGUCACAUUCCUAAAAUUGCUACAUCCGACCUGAAUCCUGAAAUUCCAUGGAGCUGUAGAAAAUGUGUUUUUGCUUCUUCUGCAAAGAAAGGAGGAGCUAUAAAGAAAGGUGCAAAUGCUCAAGCAAUGUUGAAAAUGAAGGAAACAUUGCCUUACAAUCUUGAAGCUUUGACAUGGGAUACUUCACAUCGAUCAAAUUUGCAACAAACAUAUUGUUAUUGUGGUGGUCCCGGAGAGUGGUAUUCAAAAAUGCUGCAAUGUACAAGGUGUAAACAAUGGUUCCAUGAAGCUUGUCUUCAGUGUUUAGAUGAUUCUCUUUUAUAUGGUGAUAGAUUUUAUAUUUUUGUUUGUACUGUGUGCAAUAAAGGACCUGAGUUCCUUCGACGCCUGCCAUUAAGAUGGCCUGAUAUUGCUCAUCUAGUCCUCUUUAAUUUGACAGUUAUGCAUGGGAAAAAGUUCUUUGAAUUUGAUACUACAAUUAUGGCUUUUCUUAAGGACAAUUGGUCACAAUUUCAGAUCAAAGGAGAAUCACUGUCACGAUUGUCUAGUGAAGAGAAAAGAAAGAAAAUGCUUGAACAUCUUCAGAAUAGUAAAAGCAGAUUUACUUCUGGUAAAGAAGUGAAAAGGAAAACAGCUGUUUGGGGUUUACGAUCUCGUGUACCUCCUCCAGUGCCUACAGUUUCUCUGCCCGAGUCUGGUGUCAUAACAAAUGACAUUCUGGAUUCAUUUAAUGCCUCAUCUCGAAAAUCAAAGCCAGUUAUCAAGUCAAACAGUUUGAAAGAAGUAAAAAGUACAACUAUACCAGUGAAAAGGAUCCGUAAACUAUCAACAAGAGAUACUGAAACUGUGUGUAGUGAAGCUUCUUUUAAAUCAGUUUUAAAAGCUGACAAAUCUGUUCAACCAUCGCAUCAAGCAGAAAAACCUAAACGAGCUUUACAAAUAUCUAAAAAGAAGGAAAGGCGGAAACUGCCUCAUCGGUUAGCAAAAUGUCCUAAAACUAACAGAUUGCGAUUAAGAAAAUCUCGAAGUACUGCCACCCUCAUUGAUAUAUCUGAAAGUGAUGACACAUCAUCUUCUCAUGACACACUCAACUCCAUUAUUCCUCAUCCAACAAAUUUUGAAGGAUUAAAUAAUCCUUUUAUGAGCAACUAUAAACUUAGCAGCACAGAUUCAUCUAGCACUACUGUACCUGUCAGGACAGAAACUAAAAAUGAUACUAACAAUAAAAAACAUAGUCUUAAACUAAGAGUCCGCCCAUCAAGAAAGUACACCAGCAGUAAAACCUCAGAAUCGGUGAUCAACCAAAUGCUAAAUGACUCUCAAGAAAGCUAUGCCACAUCAGAUAAGUCAAAACCGUUGGCAGCCACCCCACCAUCCAAUUCUGACUUAAGUUCCUCUGUCAGCAAUUAUUUUGGUAUGGCUGAAAGAAUAGCGAAUGGCGAAAAGUUCUCGGUGCUCGCCAAAAGGACUGGUCCAGAUGGUAAAGUACAGUAUUUAGUGGAAUGGGAUUGUUUGAAUUCUUCCUGAGCAGCAGCCUUUGCCAGUUAUAAACUCAUCUUUAAAGCAUUUAUUCCUCCAAAGUGUUCAUUAACUGCUUUUUUUUGAAAAGUUUGCUUUUGCUUUAUGAUAUUUUUACUACUGAACUGUGUAUAGAUAAAUCGUGUAGCAUGAUUUUGUCGUUGAAAUGUGCGUGUUCUUCAAAAUUCAUUAGAUCUGUUGAUUUUAACUGUCUUUGAUAACUGUGGUGGAUUUUCUAGCUAUGUCUAUUUAACUUACAUAAUGAUGUGAAAGAAAUAUGGCUAUGAAAAUCUUUUCGUUGUAUUUCCAUUGAUUGACACAUUUUAAGAAAUAAAAUUU